UGCAACUAGGCCCGUUGUCUGAAGACUUCGAAGUAGGUGUUGUUUCCAUCAUACUGUCAUACCAACCUCCGUCUUGCUCGCCCUCACUCAUUUCGGUGCGCGCUCGUUUCUUCAGCAGCAAGAGGCAGACAACUCUUGAUUCCUUCGUUGCAAUAAUGGCUAAAUACGUGUCUCUCGUUUCGCUGCUUGCGGUAUCCGCCAUCGCGACCCCAACAUUCCCUCUCCCUGCAGUCGACGAGCAGCAGACUCCGGAUGAUACUCCAAGCAACUGGCUCGCCAGCUUCUUCCAUGUCUGGGACCGCCCAGCCUUUGGCGGAUGGCGCGGACACUGGGGGGUACAGUCAGGCUCAUGGGGAAGCAGCAGCUCUUCAAUCAUUGUCUCUUCGACUUCAGUCCCUACAUUGUCUGCAUCAGUUUCGCCGGUGUCGACGGCAGUCACGGGAAAUGCCUCAGCAUCCGCAUCCGCACCCGCAACAGCAUCUAGUGCUCCGGUCUCUGUAGCCACGUCCUCAGUAUCACGGUCGACCUCUGCUCCCUCUUCGUCAGCAAUUGCACCUGUAUCUGGCUCAGCUUCCGCACCGGCUUCAGCACGCUCGUCUAGCUCACCAUCAUCCUUUGCCAGCAAUCCUGCGUCCACCUCCUUGGCACCGGCUUCCGGCUCUGCAGCUCCUGUGUCCGGCUCGUCAGCCCCGGCAUCCGGUUCUAUUGGAACUGUGUCGAGCUCUACGCGCUCCGGCUCCAGCUCCGGCUCAUCACUCACAGUCUCUGUCUCCUCCUCGUCGAAUCUGACUUUGUCCACGUCAACCUCGACUGCGACGUCCACGCGAACGCUGAGCUCCACAAUACCCACAACGACUGGUACUGGCUCUGGCAGCAGCUCCAGCAUUGCGAGCUCUUCGGCCCCGUUCGCGAACUCUACUACCACCACACGCACAUCCAGCUCCACCUCGUCAGGCACAGCUGUCAGCUCCGGCACUUCUGGCUCCAGCACUAGCUCGAGCACCAGCACUGGCUCUAGCAGCUCCAGCAGUUCGAGCACUUCUACUAGCUCGGGCACUUCUGCUGCGACGCUCGCGGCUUGCACGCCGAUCCAGUAUAGCUUCGCUUCAGGCGCUGGCAGCAAUGCCACCCGUGCUGCUGCCAUCGUUGAGAUGUACCAGUAUGCUUGGAACGCUUACUCCACGUACGCAUUUGGCCAUGAUCAGCUACUGCCGAUCAACAAUUCUUACCAGGAUCCUUUCUACCAGUGGGGCUUGACCAUCGUGGACGGUAUCGACACUGCCAUCGUCAUGAACUUGACAGACAUUGUGGCUCAGCAGCUAGCAUUCAUCGCCACAAUCAAUUUCAACUACACCUCCAAUGAACCAGUUGAGAUUUUCGAUACGAGCAUCCGUUACUUGGGUGGUCUGCUGUCGGCCUACGACCUGUUGAAGAGUGGCCAGUUCUACAAUGGCUACAAUCAGACCCUGGUGAAUGCGCUACUAAGCCAAGCAAUCAACCUCGCCAACCACAUUGCGUACGGCUUCAACACACCAACGGGACUCUCUGCCAGCAGUGUCAAUUUCAGCAGCGGUGCCAUUGUGUACAGCUACGAUGUGGUGAACGGCACGAACUUCACCGCAACAAAUACUGCUGCUACUGGUAGCUUCCUCCUCGAUUGGUACAGACUUGCGGACCUGUCGGGCAACUCCACCUACCGCAGUCUUGUCGACAGAGCGACGAGCUACCUCGUCAACCCUUCUCCGGCGCCCAUCUAUCCAGGUCUCGUGGGUACCAACUUUGACCCCACGACUGGCCACAUGAUCACAUACGAUGGUGGUUGGCACUCCGGUGUCGACUCCUUCCUCGAGUACCUUAUUAAGACGUACCAAUACCAGGUUACCACCAACACAACUGCGUACAAGAACUUCUGGGUUAGCGCGGUUGACAGUACCGCUGAUCAUCUUAUCAUGAACCCAUACGGCUGGCCAAACCUUUACUUCAUCUCCGAGUUGGAUGCGAAUGGCACUAUUACGGAUAUGAUGGACGACUUCAGCUGCUUCGCCGGCGGCAACUUUCUGCUUGGCUCCAAGCUUCUCGGCGACACAUCCUACUACAACCUUGGUAUCGACGUCACCGAUGGCUGCCACCAGACUUACAACCAGACAUUGACCGGCCUUGGUCCACUCAGCUGGGGCUGGUACAACUCGUCAAACAUCCAGCCCAACUCCUCCUACAUGGACACCUACGAUCAGCAAUACGCCGCCGCACAUGGCUUUUUCAUCCCUACCGGCGACGAGAACUGGGAGGCCCGGCCUGAGGCUAUCGAGAGCAUCUUCUACGCUCAUCGCAUUACUGGUGAUUCCAGGUGGGCCGAGUACAACUGGCAGAUUGCCCAGGCGAUCAACACCACGGCCCGCACGAGCGUCGCGUUUGCCACAGUGUCGAACGUCACAGCGCCAAAUGGUGGCAACUUGACCAACCCUCUCGACUCCUUCUUCUUCGCCGAAGUCCUCAAGUACCUGUACCUUAGUUUCACUGAGCCGUCUGUUGUCGAUCUCUCGCAGUGGGUGUUCAACACCGAAGCGCAUCCCUUCCUUGUGCAGUGCGGCAUUGGUAACAUUGACAACGCAUAGGAUAUACCUUUGAUAUACAUGCUGUGACGUGAUAGACGUCCGGAAGGCGCACUUGGAAACUAAAAUGAUUCUGUUCAAUGUAGUCCUAUUGAACGAGUUCUCGGAGGGUGAAAACGAGGUCUUCCAGCCCAAUACUGUCUCGUAUCGUGUUAGACGUACUCAGAGAUCUGGUAUUGAUACCGUAAACACGUACCACACGUCGGUGUUGUGGCGCUCUCAGC